AUGAGGCCUAUAUUACUACAAGGACAUGAGCGUAGUUUGACGCAAAUCAAGUACAACAAAGACGGCGAUCUUCUCUUCUCCACCGCAAAGGACCACGUUAUCUGCGCAUGGUACUCCGUCAACGGUGAGCGCCUCGGUACCUACCACGGGCACCAGGGAGCUCUCUGGACUGUUGAUAUCGACCCUACAAGUACACUUCUUGCCACCGGGGCCGCAGACAACACUAUCAAAAUCUGGGAUGUGAAGACCGGAAAGUCGCUCAAGACUUGGGACUUCCCAACCGCUGUCAAGAGAGUUGAAUUCAGUGAGGACGGGACGCUUUUGUUGGCUGUGACAGAGGCUAGAAUGGGAUUCUUGGGAACUCUGGUAGUUUUCCCGAUUAUAGUCGAUGUCGAGGCGCAGCAAGCAGAUGCUCCACUGUUCACAAUCACCUUCAGAGAGAGCAAGGCAACGGUUGCGGCAUGGAGUUAUUUGAACAAAUACAUCAUCACUGGUCACGAGGAUGGAUCUGUUUCACAGUACGAUGGAAAGAGCGGCGAGCUUAUCCAGGACAUCCAAGCCCACGAAAUAGGCACUGCCGGUCAGAUUACCGAUAUUCAGAUGGCUCCAGACAGGACCUACUUUGUGACCGCCUCAAAAGACAAGACAGCAAAGAUAAUCGAUGUGGACAACCUUAAGGUCCUCAAGACCUUUGUUACUGACACCCCUCUUAACACAGCUGCUCUUACCCCUAAAAAGGAUUUCGUGAUCCUCGGUGGUGGUCAGGAGGCCAGAGACGUCACUACUACUUCCCAGCGCCAGGGUAAAUUUGAGGCCCGAUUCUACCACAAGAUCUUUGAGGAUGAGAUCGGCCGUGUCAGGGGUCACUUCGGUCCUCUCAACACCAUUGCCGUUCACCCACAAGGUACCGGCUACGCUUCCGGUGGAGAGGAUGGAUACGUGCGUGUGCAUCACUUCGACAAGCCAUACUUUGACUUCACCUACGAGGUCGAGAGGAUGAAGGCGUAG